AUGACAGGUGGAUCGAAUAUCAAGACGAAUACACGAUCGUCAGAAGUAAAAUUACAAGAGGAAAAACGUCGACUAGAAUUACUACAAGAAUCGUUAUCACGGUCAAAUGCGUUAACAAGUGGUAUGGUGUCCACAUUAGAUAACUUCGAACGAAAACUACAAUCUCUCGAUGAAUUAGUCACACCUGUCUAUGAAGCUACGAACGAAUUGCAUUUACUUUUAAAUAAUGUCGAUCAAAGUUUAACGUUAGUUGAUUCCGUCCUUCAUUACUACGACAUUUGUGAAGAAUUAACAACGACGGUUUCAUCCGGACCUGGUGGAAAUUUAGCAGAUUAUCUCGGAGAAUUAGGUCGUUUAGAAGAUGCAGUGAGGUAUUUUAAACGCACAGAAGCAACACGUGAACGCGAACGUGUUUUACGAUUAUUCGAUCUUGGAAGAAAACGUUUAGUAGAGGAAACAGACAAACUCAUUCUAAGAUAUGCUAAUCCGUUGCAACCGAAAGAAACACUUGAUUUAGUUGAAACAUAUGCAAAAAAUACAACUGAUCUCCAUGCCAUGCAGGAAGCUGAUAUGCGUAUAUUACAAAGUAUUAUUGAAUGGUUCAAUUCGCAUGGUUUUAAACAAGGUUUGAUUGAUUCAUAUGCAACUAAACGAGGAACAAUGAUUCGACGAUCUCUGCAACUUUUGGCAGAACAUUUAGGAAAAACAUCUGUUCGGCGUAUUUCAACUGUUGCUACAUCUAGUCCAAGUUUAUCUCAGAAAAGUACACAUAAUAACGAAACAUUGAAACGACAAGGAACAAAAAUUAGUGACAUGGGCCGUCGUUUGAUGCGUACGUCAGCACAUAGUACUGGAUCUCGCGGUACCAAUUCAUCUCUUUCGGCAUCGACGACAACUCUUGAAGAAAACACUGUAUUCGAUUCGAAUGAUGAUCGGGAAACGAAUAACUACAAGCUAUUACUAGACGCAUUUAUUGUACUUUUGCAACGUGACCGUGAUUUACUUAAUUAUGUGUUUAUGACCGAUUUGCAGUCAUUAGUAUUUACAAAACUAAUCGAAUUACCGUUGGUUUAUAUGCGCGAAGAAGCUCAAAGUUUAUGUGAAUCUAUCGAACGAUCACCACGCAAAAUAGACAUGGGAAAGUUCGCCAUUUAUGGCAUAUUUUCCAUUCUGAGGUGGUUUCUACGAUCAAGACCUGUGUUCGCUAAACUCUAUCAAGAAAGUGAUGUUGCACGUCGACAACAGUUUACCACACUGUCUGCUACAUUCGAACAAUCAGCAGUCAAUUGUCUUCGAGGAAUAUUAGAAGAGAUUACAACAGAUUCAUCACCACGAAGCCAAGGUGGAAAUGUUCAUCCAUUAACAUCCCAUGUCUUAGCGUUUAUGGAGGGUUUAUUAGCCUAUGAAGAUACAGCGACAAUUAUUGCUUCGCGCUAUGUUGAACAGCAACAGCAACGUUCGAGUAGUGGCGGUGCAUCAGGAACAGACAAAGGUCUCUAUGACUUAGGAACAUACUUUGCCCAGUUGGUUCGUGCGCUUCACGUGACUUUAUCAAAGAAAAGUGACGAUCACAAUGUACGUAAUGAUGCAACAAUGAGAGCAGUAUUUUUACUUAAUAAUGUCAAUUAUUUGCUUAAACGACUAGAAAAUUCGCCCCUUUUGGCUCUUCUACAACGAUGUCAACCAGAUCUGAAAUCGAAAUACGAAGCCGAUUUUCAAACGAGUCUACGAGAUUUUACUAAGUGUUAUACACCGUUGGUACUUCCUAUUCAACAAAUGCUUGAAUACGAUAAUAACCAUCACAUUCCCGAUGGCAAAUUACGCGAUCGUGAUCGUGAACAGUUGAAAGAAAGUUUUGCCGCAGUCAAUGCCGCUAUUGAUUCCAUUCGGCAACAGUUCAGUCAGUUCAUUAUUAGUGACGUGGAUCUACGUGAUCGUCUACGAAGCGAAGGCAAAGCAGCUAUCAUUGAUUUGUACAAACGGUAUUACAGUAAAUUUGCACAUAAAGAUUUUACAAAAAAUCGUGACAAAUACAUUCGUUAUGAGCCACGCGCAUUUGAGAUUAUCAUCGAAAAUUCGUUUUAG